AUGAGCAGUCUCAGAGGAUUGUCCAACAAGGCCAAGAAGCCUGACCUGGUACUCAGCUUCUACGAAGGUGGUAGCUUUCUCAAAAAUAUCAAAUUAUUGAAGGGCAUUAGUCGCAAGCACGACAAGCACGACAAGCACGACAAGCACGACAAGCACGACAAGCACGACAAGCACGACAAUCACGAGAAGACUGAAAAGCCCAGCAGCGCCAAUGCUGGUGAAUCUAUUGAAUCGUCUUCCAAAACAGCAAAAGCUAUUUCCUCGACAAAUCCAGGUUUAGAGCUUGGAGCUCCAUUGCUCAGUAUGAGCUCUGCAGAGUCCGUUCUAUCUGCAGAUGACGACUUGGAAGACAGGGACUGCAUUUCACCCGUGGUAGGACAGUUUUCGGAACAGCAGAAUCACUCUCCAUUCAGAAAUUCAUUCAGUGCCGAGUUAUCUCGGAAAACAGUGUCCAAAUCGAGCCAGUAUAGUUUCCUGGGGACCUCAGCUUCUCUCGCAACUUCGAAAAGAGAAGACAACAAUAACAACGCUGUGUUUGCUCGUAUGAAGAUAUCCAGGGGCCAGUACCAUGGAAUCAAAAAGGACACUUUUACAGCUAGCCAUGCCUCGAAGGGCAAGCUAAGAAGGAUUCAUUCGAUGUUUGCUUCUCAAAAAGAGGCAUCACAGGUAUACGAUGACCCGCAGCCAACUUCUUUGAACGAAAAAGACAGUUCAAGUACCGUCAAGUCCCCAACUUUCAAAUCUAACCUCGAGAGAAGCGGCAUUUGCCAUUAUUACGACGACAAAACGGACGACCAUCUUCCUCGCAUUAGCGUAGAGACUCUUGUCGAGAUUAUGGAUGGGCGUUUCAAUGGACACUACGAAGGCAUACACAUAGUCGAUUGCAGGUUUGAAUACGAAUAUCAGGGUGGCCAUAUCGGGCAGGCCAUCAACAUCAACACGCGCAGUGCUUUGGAGUCUCAAUUUAUCAGAGACAGAAGUGCGGUUAAUGACCACAAACAACCACCUCUGAUGGUGUUUCACUGCGAGUUCAGCUCAUACAGAGGUCCUAUCAUGGCAUCACACUUGAGAAACUGUGAUCGAAUGAUAAAUCACGACAGCUAUCCUGAGUUGCACUACCCCGACAUUCUCAUCGUUGAAGGUGGUUACAAGUCCUUUUUUGACAAGUAUAGCGAUAGAUGUUUCCCUCGCCGCUAUAUUGGCAUGGAUUCUCAAGAGCACGUCCAGUUAUGCGAGAGCGAAAUGGAGAAAUUUCGUGAAGACAACAAAAGAAUAGCAACUCGUGCCAGCUCAAAUCAAUCGCUUAACAAAAUAGGAACACUUUCGCGACCUAGGCUAGCAUGGCCAAAUAAUAGUAUCCGGUCCCAGAGUCAGUCGAUUCUUCCAGACACGGAAGUUAGGCCAGAUUUGCCAUAUCCGUCUCGCUACACGACAAAAAGCAGCAUUUCAUUUAAGUAUGAAGCUCCACCAAAGCUCUCGUUCUCGAACUACUGUACCAGCGUGGAAAGUGGGAGUCCCAGCAGUAUUUGUAGCAGCAAUGCAAGCAGCGGACUACUCUCUGUGGACGAAUUUUGCGAUGACACCGGAAGUACAGAUCUGGACAACAUAAGUUAUGAAGAACCCUUUGCUGCUCAUUCGCACCAAAACAGUGAGGACUCUGCAUUUGCAUUAAAGAACACGAAAAGGUCUUUGUUUGGCUCCAUUUUGAAGGAACAAGAUGGGGAGGAAGUCACCCCUACCAGUGCUUCUUUGCAUUAUCCAAAAAAUUAG